AUGGACGCACGCGAGGCGGCGGCAGGCUCUGUGGCUGCGGCGCGGCUCGACGAGGAGAGCGGGCAGGUGGUGUACGGCCUGCACGAGUACGACCAGCUGACGUUUGCGUAUGACAAGGUGUUUGGGCCUGGUGCAAGCCAGGAAGCGGUGUAUACCCAGACAGCGCGACCCAUUGUGGAGGACGUGCUUGCCGGAUACAACGGGACGGUCUUUGCCUACGGGCAGACUGGAUCGGGCAAGACCCACACCAUGGAGGGGCCGGACAUCGCCUCGCCCGAGCUCAAGGGCAUCAUUCCGCGCAUGGUCGAGGACAUAUUCGACGCCAUUCUCGAUGCAGACGCAAAGUACGAGUUCACCGUCCGCGUCUCGUACUUUGAAAUCUAUCUCGAGCGGCUGCGCGAUCUGCUCAAUCCAGCCGGCGCCGACCUCGCCAUUCGCCAGGACGUCCGCCGUGGUGUCUACGUCGAGGGCCUCACCGAGGUAUACGUCUCGUCGGUUGACGAAGUCAUGGCCAUCAUGGCUGAAGGCGCUUCGAACCGUGCUGUCGGAGCCACCCAGAUGAACGCCCAGUCGUCGCGCUCGCACUCGCUGCUCACCAUCGAGGUUGCCGCCAAGGACACCGUCAGCCUCGCGUCGUCGACAGGCAAGCUCACACUCAUCGAUCUUGCAGGCUCCGAAAAAGUCUCCAAAACCGGCGCAGAGGGUACCACCUUUACCGAGGCCAAGAACAUCAACCUCUCGCUCACCACCCUUGGCCUUGUCAUCAACGCCCUCACCGAUCCCAGCGCCUCGCACAUCCCCUACCGCAACUCGAAGCUCACCCGCGUCCUCUCCGAGUCGCUCGGUGGCAAUGCCAAGACCACCCUCAUCAUCAACUGCUCGCUUGCCUCGUUCAAUGCUGACGAGACGCUCUCGACGCUCCGCUUCGGCUCGCGGGCCAAGCGCAUCCAGAACAAGGUCUCGCUCAACGUCGAACGUGCGCCCGCUGAGCUUGAAGCCAUCAUUAAGGAGCAGACUGCCAUCAUCGAGCGCCUUCAGGCUCGGUUGGCCGGGUGCGUCUGUGGCUCGGCAGUGGUUGGAGCCGACAAGAAGGGGGAAUCCGAGCCUGAGCGGGAGGGCAUCCCCGCGCUCGCCCCCUCACUCGCUCCUACACUCGCCCCCUCGACUGCCGCACCUCAGUCGGUCGUCGUCGCGGAAGCCACUGAGGCUUCCGCAGCGGACGAGUCUGUCACUGACGACGAUGGCGCGGCCGAUCAGGUUGCCAUGCUCCUGGACGAGAUCGAGCGGCUGCAGACCGAGAACACCCGACUCAGCGAGACGCAAGAUGCGCUCCUCUCGCUCCUUGAUGAGCAAGUGGCCGGCGAGGGUGUGGCAACCGUUCAAGCUGCCCCUGACACCAUCGUCAGUCACGUGCGCAACACGGACAAAGUCGUCGCCGGAGACGAGCCUGUCGCCCCGGAGCCGGAUGCCUCCACAGCCGCGUCCGAUGCUGCGAGGCUUGCCGACGCUGAGGCGCUCUCUGCCGCGAAGCUUGCCGCCGUCGAACUCAAAGCCGAGAAGGACACGCUGCUCGCCCUCAAGACCGAACUUGAGGACGAAGUUGUGGCCAUGCACGAAGCAUUGGCGGCGCUGAACGAGCAGUUGGCGGCAGCCGAGGGCAAGAACGACGAGUUUACGGCGCAGCGCGAGGCGCUCAUCCAGCGGUUGGCCGAGGCCGAGGGCUCUGCAGCGCGCGCAGCGGCCGAGCUGUGCGAGUCGCGCGCCGACGCCGCAGAGCUCGCCCAGCUCUCCGCUGACAAUGAGGACGAGCUGCGGAAGGAGCUCCAGGCGGCGCAGACCGAGCGGGAUGUGGCCUCGGAGCAGGCGACCGCGUUGGCGGCCGAGGUCAAGGCGCUCGAGAACGAGAUUUCUGAAACGACAGCUCGGUAUGAGACCGUGCUAGGUGCCGAGCAGCAGGAGGUUGUGGCGCGGAUGACCGGCCUCGAGACCAAGAUCCAGCAGCUGUCGGCAGCCAAUCUCAAGCUGCUCGGCGAGCUCAACAAGCUCAAAGACGUCGGGCUCGGGUGGAAGACCAAGAUGCUUGCGCAGCAGGAGCGGAUGGAGCAGGUUGAGGAGCAACUGCUGCGCUUGCAGCGCGAGUACGCGCUGCAGGCGCAAGAGUACGAGGCACAGCUUGCAGCACUCGGCCGCGGCCGCAGCCGCAACAUCGCCAAGCCCAUCCGUGGCGGCGGCGGAAAGGCCCGUCCCGCUCCUCCGGCCAGCUCCUCGCCUGCCGCCGCAAGCCCGGGCGCGGCCAUCCAGCCGUCGCCGCGGUUUGUGGUCAAGUCCGGUCGUCCGACGGCCAAACGGUCGUUCCUUGGCCGGCUGUUCGGUAUUGGCAGCUCGAGCAAGGGCGGAGCGGCUGCAUCGCCACGCCCGUCGGUGUCGCCAGCGUCACCAGCGCAGAGCGCACCUGUUCUUGCGCCGGCGACCAGGCCGCAGCGAGGCUCGACGCCGCGCCGCAACUCUCAGUCGAGCCGCAGUGCGAGUGUAGCUGGCCGCGGGCGGGCCGACUCACCGUCGGUCGACCAGCUGCUCGGUUGCGAGUAG